AUGCGUUCCAUCAGUUUCGUUAAGCGACGUCGCCUGAACAUCUGCUACGAAGGUUGGCUUUACAUGGUGGUGCUAACCUUUCUGUUUGUGGGAGCGAUCUUGCGCGAGAUCAAUCUGUUGAUGGUGCUGUUCGGCAUGAUGGUCGGGCCGUACCUGUUCAGCUUGGGCUUGGUGCUGUUGUCGCUCCGCGAUGUGCGAAUUCGCCGCCGCAUGCCCGAGACCAUCACCGCAGGGCAAAUGCUGGUGGUCGACGUCGAGGUGACCAACGCAAAAAAGCGCAGCAGUAGUUGGGCGAUCGCCACCACCGAUGUGAUUGAACAGGAAGCCGGCCCCAGCAAAGGCGAGCGCGUGCACGCUUCGCUGUUCUUCCCGCAUAUCAAACCGAACCAAAGCAGCAAGCAGGUGUACGAAGGACGCCUGAUGUCGCGAGGGCGAUAUCGGCUGGGGCCCAUGCGAGUCACAAGCCGGUUUCCCUUAGGCCUUCUGCAAAGUUGGUUCGAGUGGCCCGACGAUAACCACGUGGUGGUCCACCCGCGACAAGGUCGACUCUCGCAUCGCUGGAGCAUGUUGCGGCAGGCGGCUCACCAGGGCCGCGGAAAGAACGCCCGGCAGCAAGGUCUGGUCGAAGGCGAUUUCCACGGCCUCCGCGACUGGCGCUCGGGCGAUGCUCAGCGCUGGAUUCACUGGCGCACUUCGGCCCGGCUCGGCGAGUUGAUGGUCCGCCAGUUCGAGCAACACCGCGACGACGACUUGGCGGUGCUCGUCGAUCUGUGGCAACCUUCCAAGCCGAGCGAAGCGGACCGUGCCCGCGUUGAGGACGUGGUGAGUUUCGCCGCGACGGUGGUUUCCGAUCAAUGCCGCCGUGGCGGAGGACAACUGCUGCUCAGCACUGCGGGUACAGAAAUCACCACAGCUCGGGGGCCGGCAUCGAUGGCCUUGCUGCAAGACGCCUCGGAGUCGCUAGCCGUGGCCGAGGCGAUCGACGGAGACCGCGUGCCAGAGUUGCUCUCGAAGACGUUGGACCAGAUUCGCCCUCGCACUUCAGUGCUGUUGGUUAGCACGCGGAAGAUUGAUCUCAACGACACCGAACGAUUUGUCAAGCUGUGGGAAGACCCACGUCAGCGUCGCUGGGCCGGGCGGAUCACCUGCCUGGAUGCUUCGAGAGGUCGUGGCAUGAGCACCGCGCUUCGCCCGUCCGACUUUGCAAUCGCCACGCCAAAGCGAGUGACCGAAGCGCCGCUACCUUCCGAGCGGCUCGUGCAAGUUGGCAUCGCCACCAUGGCCGCGCUGGGAACUCUGCUGCUGGGCAUGGGCGAACGAAACACAACCUUGCCGGUACUGGCGGUGAUUGUGUCGAUCAGUUCGGUUUAUCUCACCGACAUGCGGGGCUGGUUGCGGCUUAACAACGCCUCUUCCAACGCACUCGCGCUGUUGGCCAUGGCUUGGACUGUGUGGGGCUUCGCCGAGAUGCGAGUCGAACUCCAGUUGCUGGCCGUGGCAAAUUUAUUGGUCUACCUGCAAUUCAUUCUCCAGUAUCAGAAGAAAACCAUUCGCACCUAUUGGCUGCUAGCCUUGUUGAGCCUGGUGCAGUGUGCGGUCUCCACGGCUUUGAACCUGAAGCUGGUGUUCGGUUUUCUGCUACUGGUUUACAUGUUCGUGUCGCUGGCCACGAUGACAGUGUUUUUCUUGUAUCGAGAAACCGUGCGGCAACGUUCCGGCUCUGCGGCACACGUCGCCAUGACGUUCUCGCAACAGAUGGAAUCCGUGCGAAGGUUUUUCGCAGGCGAACGGCGCACCGUUCGUGCACCGUUAUUCUUUAGUCGCGACACGGUGCAAAUUCGCCAAGAAGUUGCAAGUUGGUUGUUUGUCCGGCAAAUCAUCAUGCUGGCUCUUGGCUCGCUCGUUCUCUCGAUGCUGGUCUUCAUCACCAUCCCGCGCUUUGCCAAAGGUGGCUGGCAACAGACUGGGGUGACCUCGACACGCUCGGCCGUUGGGUUCAACGACAGUGUGUCACUGGGCGAAAUGAGGACCAUCGCCGACAACCCUUCGAACGUAAUGCGGGUGCAGUUUCAGGACCCAGACUCGGGUAUCCCUUACGAAGUGAACGGCGAGAUUUACUUCCGCGGCGUGGUACUUUCACACUAUCGCGACGGACGUUGGACCCAGGUAUCCGAUAAUUCAGAAGCGGUACAACUCAGCAAGCUGGGCAUCCGAGUUGCUUUAAGCAAUGCGGUUGAACAAAUCAUCACGAUCGAACCGUUGGACACCUCGGUGUUGUUCAGCCUCUAUCCGCUGGCAAAGAGCCCCGAGAAUGACGACGUCUUGUUCGACGUUGACAAUCAGAACUUGGUACGCAGGCGCGGCGUUCGCGAUAGUCGGUUUACGUAUGAGAUCGUAACUACGGGCCUCGACGAUGGGCAGCAGUUGGCUCUAACGCCCGCGAACCUUACCCGAGGCCAACACCUUUCGGCCCUUCGCUUACCAUCGGCGGAACGGGGCGACCCAAUGGCUCCGUUAAAGGAGAUUGCAUCGCAACUGGUUGAAGACAUCCCGGAGGAUCAACCAUUUCGACGCAUUCGUGCAAUUCAAGACUACUUGCAAGACCAGCGAGAAUUCUCCUACACAACGGUGCUCACGCGAGAGGAUCUGAAGCUUGAUCCGAUUGUUGAUUUUCUAGUUAACACCAAACAAGGACACUGCGAGUACUUCGCCAGUGCGAUGGCCUUGAUGUUACGAAGCGUGGGCAUUCCGUCUCGCGUCGUGGUGGGCUAUCGCAGCGGCGAAUACAACCCCAUCGGCGAGUAUCUUCAGGUGCGGCAGUUUCAUGCCCAUGCCUGGGCCGAAGCUUAUCUGGCCCCGGGAGAGUUCCCGACCGACAUGGUGUUUCGAGGCGAGCGCAAGGACGCGGCCUGGCUGCGAUUGGAUCCGACUCCACAAUCUGGCGAGACGGCACCACUGGCGUUCAGCAACAGUCGUUGGAUCAUCGUUCGGCAAUUCAUCGACUACCUCGACUUCCUCUGGUCGCACUAUGUGCUGGGGAUGGAUGCCCGCCGUCAGCAGGAAAGCAUCUACACGCCAAUCGUGUGCCUGGCCUUCGUAGGGUUCGGUCCCGAGGGAUGGGCCCCCGGCAAAUGGUUCUACUGGCGGGCAGGGCUGCUGGCCAUGCUCGUGUGCUUGUUCUUAGUAUCGCUGUACAAAGUUUCGAAAAUGCCGGCCGGUUGGCUGGUGAGUUGGGUCCGCGGCCGAGAGCGGAAAGGCACCGAAGAUUCCGUUCACCACGUCGAGUUCUACCGCCGGUUAGAGCAAGCCCUCAAGCGACACCAAAUGCUGCGGCCCCAGAACCAAACACAGCGUGAGUUCGCCAGGGCCGUCGGAGCCCAACUGGCCGACAAUGCUGCCACCCAGGCGGUAGCUGGCGUGCCGGGAUCGGGCAAGAGCACCCUCUUCGAAUGGCUUACAGAAGUGCCGGCCGAUCCCGCGGCCGCACAUACCGGACAGUCGGCCAUGGCCCCGCUGCCCGACGAUCGGGUGGAACCUCUCUGUGAGAUCUACCAUCCCAAGAAGAUCACCCUGGCAUCGCUGGAGUUGGUCGACACGCCGGGUCUCUCACGCACGCACGAAGGCAACGCCGCCCGACUGGCAAUGAUCCGCGAGGCGGGCUGCCUGGUUCUCGUCGUGGGCGGGUUCGCCGAUUCCGAUCCGAUCGCCGAGCUGAAGAACUUCGAAGAAGACCUCUUGCUGGCCGACUUGGAAAUCGUCACCGGUCGGGUUGAAAGACUUCGCGAGUCGGUGAAGAAACCACGCCCCAACCGUGAGGAAGAAAAGGCCGAACUCGCGGCGCUCGAACCUCUGUUGGAAGUGAUGGAAGGCGGCGAGCCCAUCAGCACGGUCGAGCUGAGCGAACCUCAGAAGAAGGCCACCCGAUCGUUUCGGUUGCUGACCGAAAAGCCGAAGCUGAUUGUGGUUAAUGCGGCCGACGACGAUGAAGAUCUCGAGCGUUGGACAUCGCAAUCGACCGACAAACGAAAGAUCGUCGCGGUGCGAGCCUCGCUCGAACUCGAACUCGCGAAGAUGGAUCCCGACGAUCGGGCUGAAUUCGAAAGCGAAAUGGGGCUCACCGGGUCGCGUCGUGAUGAGCUUCUGAAAACGAUCCUCGAUGUGUCGGGCCACCUGUUGUACUUCACCGCGGGCGAAAAAGAAGUUCGCACCUGGUUACUGCCCCGCGGCGGAACGGCCUUGGAUGCGGCGGAUGGAAUUCACUCCGAUCUCGCCCGGGGAUUCAUUCGCGCUGAGACGAUGACCUGCGACGACCUUAUUCGCUUGGGUAGCGAGCGCGAAGUGAAAGCUCAAGGCCUCUACCGGCAAGAGCACAAAGAAUACGUCGUGGCCGACGGGGACAUCUUCCUCAUCCGCUUCAGCGUGUGA